AUGGAAAAUGGGCUUUUAAUCGGAUCUUCUUCGCCGAAUGGGUUGUAUCAAAAUUUUCCUAAUUUUGAUAAAUUUCCCAUUCAAGGCUCUUCUUCCUCCACUUUAUCUUUGGGGGUUUUGGCUCCGUUUUAUGAUCCAUUCGAUCCAUUUCAACCUUCAUCGAUAAAUGGAUGCUCAAACAAUCGUUUUCAUUUAAACGCAUCGAUUCCUUCUGGAUCAAACGGUGCAAAUCAUGUCAUGCAUGGCGGUCAAAAUGUAGGGUUCUUGAACUAUCCUCCAAGAAUUUUACUGGAGGCGUUGAAUCAAGGUCAGAAUUUUCAACCAAAAAAUUAUCAAGCAUUCGGAUCAACGAAUGUGAAUCUAUCGGAUGAAGUUUCAUGCUUAACAAAGGAAGGUGGAAAUCGAAAAAAAGUUGAAUCCAAGAGGAGAAGGAUGCAUCAAAAAAGGACUAAGAAAGUUCAUCAAACCCCCAUUAUAGUUAAAGGGCAAUGGGCUACGGAGGAGGAUAGGUUAUUGGUGCAAUUAGUGAAGGAAUAUGGAGAAAAAAAAUGGUCUCACAUUGCUCAAAUGUUGAAUGGGAGAAUGGGGAAACAAUGUAGGGAGAGGUGGCAUAACCAUUUAAGGCCAGACAUCAAGAAAGAUUUAUGGAGUGAGGAAGAGGAGAUGAAGCUAAUUGAGGUCCAUAGACAAAUAGGUAAUAAAUGGGCAGCCAUUGCAAGGGAAAUGCCAGGAAGGACUGAAAACACCAUAAAAAACCAUUGGAAUGCAACAAAAAGGCGGCGAUUUAGCAAGCGUAAAGGCCAGUACAGCUCUCUCUUGCAGGACUACAUCAAGAGCUUGCCUUCAGAUUCAACUGUCAAUGAUGGUCAAAAAGGCCCAUCAUCCGAUUCCAACUUGCGAAUCCUUGAUAAUACCGACUUGGAAGAAGACAAUAAAGAUCAGAAAGGCCCAACUUCUGAUUCGGAUAAGGUAGCGGAUUAUCAAAUUUAUGAGAAAAUGGCUGUUGAAGAAGAUGAUUUUGGAUCGAUGCUCAAUGAGAGCAAUAAAGCAGAGUUGGUGAUGGAGAUGAAGAUGAUGCCAGCCGGGUUAAUGGAUAAGGAGAUGAGCUUUGAUUUAGAGAUUAAAGGAUCUUGGGCAAUUGCCCAAGUAGUCAUGAAGAGGGUACUUUUAGGUGUCAAGUUAGAGAUUAAAGGAUCUUGGGCAAUUGCCCAAGUAGUCAUGAAGAGGGUACUUUUAGGUGUCAAGGUGUAA